AUGGAUAAUUUACUCAUUCUAAUUUCAUCAUUUCUUGUGCAUGCCGCCCUCUGUGAUCCAACAACCGAACACUUUAAUCUAAAGAACGCCAGCGAGCUGACACUGCUACCACUAAAUAAAACCUACCAGACCAAAAGUAACCUUGUGUGUGCUGCCAAAUGUGUUGAGCUGAGAGAUGAAUGUUACAGCUAUAUGUACGAGACCUCAACCAAAACAUGUACGCUAGGCUCCUGCCUUCUACCGAUAGCCGCCGUCAACACGUCACAACCUGCUAACUCCAACAAACUUUACAGCAAGGGAAUGAUGUACUGCAAUGUACAAGAGCUUGUGACGUCAGUAGGAAAUGGGAGUAUGAGUUCGUGUAACCUGGCCGCUAGUCUAGGAGGCGUAGCACUAGGUAACAGAACAAUCUUUGCUGCCAAAAGUCCAGACAUCUUUAGAUCAUGUGCAGACGUGAAGAACUCAACGACUCCGAGACUUCUGGUGCAACUGUCGUCUGGUCUUGUCGUCAUGUGUGACACUGUGACAGACGGAGGGGGCUGGACAAUUUUUCAGCGUCGCGUCAAUGGAUCAGUUGACUUCUACAGAAACUGGACGGAAUACAAAUACGGAUUCGGUGACUAUGGUGUUGGUGAUUUCUAUCUGGGCAACGAAAAUGUUUAUUGUCUAAACUCAAAGUAUCGUUUGGAGCUUAGGAUCGAUAUGACUUACAAAGGACAAGAUUACUUCGCUUAUUAUUCUAAUUUUACUUUAUUGUCUGAAAGCCAAGGCUACAAGAUCUCAUUCAGUGGAUAUUCAGGAACAGCCGGAGAUUCUCUCACGGCGAAAUCCAACAACCAAAAGUUCAGCACCUACGACGUUGAAAAUGAUAUCGACCCGAACAAAAAUUGUGCCGUCUACUACCGUGCAGCCUGGUGGUACUCUUACUGUAUGGACGUCCAGCUGAACGGUAACUGGGGCAGCAAGGUGUUCGCCAAAGGCUUGAUGUGGCUCAACACAACCGGCUACUACGACAGCGUCUCAAGUUGUGAAAUGAAAAUACGACCUGUUACUCUUUAA